AUGGAUAGCAGAUUAUUUGAAGCAGCUAUUGUAGGCAACAUUCAUGCAUUACAUGAACUGCUCGAUGAAAAUCCAUUGAUCCUCGCCGAUUCCGCACUCAUUUCUCUGGUACUGCUCGGAAGGAAAGAUGUCACAGCUUCUGGAGAAACUGCACUUCAUCUAGCCGUAAAGUACAACAAGUUUGACGCCUUUAGAAAGUUGAUGGAAUGGCUGGAAUUUCUUGAUUUGGAAGCGCUUGUGAAUUGUGGUGAUGAAGAUGGGAACACAGUCCUCCACCUUGCAGUCUCUAAAAAACAAUGUGAGUAUGUUCAGCUGCUGCUUAGUUGCAAUAGCAAUAUUGCCAACAAAUUGGAAGUAAACGCGAUAAACAAAAGGGGUUUGACGGCAAUGGAUAUCAUGGAAAAUUUGAUAGUAGAUAAUCCAAGUGAUAUCCGUUUACGUGAAACCCUUCAGCGUGCUGCAGCUUCAACGACCACAUCUCCACCGACAGCUUCUGCUCAGAAUGUUGCAGUAAAUGUUGCCAACAAUCUGGAGCCUGACCGUUCACCGACAGCUCAAGCUGCAAAGGAUUGGAUCAAAUAUUUCCGUUAUCAGCAUGAGAGAGACUCACCAAGUGAUACCCGCAAUGUUCUGCUGGUUGUGGCCGCACUCAUUGCAACCGUCACCUUUCAAGCAGGAGUCAACCCUCCAAAUGGCUUUACUAAAAAUAACACUGAAAAUAGUACUACUAUUAUUGCAUCUCCUCCUCCUCCUCCAUUACAUCCUGAUAAGGGAGCACCGGCACCAAGUAUGUCGCCGGUAACAACUGUGGGUUUAGGUGUACUCGUUGCAAAUCUAGGCAGCACCCAGACUGCAACAGAGUUUUUCUUAUUUGGGAAUUCAUUGGGUCUUGCUUCAUCAAUUUGUGUCAUAAUCUACCUCACAUCUGGAUUUCCUUUCCAAAGAGAGCUUCACAUAUGUAUGUAUUCCAUGUUAUUUGCUUAUGGCUGGUCAAUACAAGAUAUUGAUUCAAAGAACAAGACCAUACGGCAUAUCCUUAUGGGGUCUGCAUUUGCAUUACCUUUCUUGUUAAGAUGGCUGCCAAGGUGGGCUAAAACAAUAUGGAGGUGGUACAACAAGAAGACAUUAGAGCAACCUCAUGCAUAA